GGAAGGAAAUGGGGAAGAUGAGAAAGUUGAAGAGAAAGACGAAGGAUGUACGAAACAAGUUGGCGUACCUUCCCACUGAAAUCCUCGUUACCAUUCUAAUGCGUCUAGAUCUAGUCGAUUGUAUCCGUGCCGGAGUAGUCUGCAGCUCAUGGCGGGCGGCCUGGACAGAGAUGGUGACCUACAAUCUCCACCCUCCAUCGCAUCAACUCCCGUUGCUGAUCCUACCACCAAAAAACCAAAUCCACAGAGUCUUCAAUCUAUUAGACAAGAAAGUAUACGAGCUACAUCUAUCACAGGCCAGCGGAGCAAGAUGUUUAGGAUCUUUUAAUGGAUGGCUGAUACUGAUGGAUGAGAUGAGUAAUGGGUGUUUUCUCUUGAAUGUAACAUCCAAUGAAUGUAUUAGUCUACCCCGUCAAGCUGAUAUAUGGAACUCGACCGAGCAUCAACAUUUUGUUUGGAACUCGGCCGAUCAUCACUAUGUGGAGCAUUUUUGGGAGAGCCGACUCGGAAUAUAUGCUAAGGCUAUUUUAUCAUCUGACCCUACUUCAGGUGAUUGUAUAGUUGUGAUUGUCUGUUCAAUGAAUACAUUUGCCUUUUGUAGAGUGGGAGAUGCAGCAUGGACAGCAUUGGAAAGAAAACCUAAUCAACGUCACUGCAUAUCUGAUAUCACAUUCUAUAAUGGGCGCCUAAUUAUAGUAAGAUUUAUCUCUCGACUCGAAAUCUUUGAGUUGGAUCUCUGUCCUAACUCUGCAAAAUGGAAACCGCUUCUCAUCCCCCAAUUAGAAUAUCCUCACAACAGUGGUGUGGGGUAUGCGCGUGGAAUCUAUCUAGUGGAAUCAUGUGGAGAGUUGUUAAUGGUUUUAAGGAUAUACUACUGUUUGGGUGAAUAUAGGCCUCGUAGUAGAUUGAUGACAACAUUCUGCCUUUUUAAGAUGGACACAAAUAGUUCCGGUUGGAUUAAGGUAGAAAGCUUGGGUGAUCAAAUGCUUUUUUUAGGCUACCCUAAGUCUAUUCCGACUAAAGGAUUGUCGGGCUUCAAACGGAAUUGUAUCUAUUUUACAAAGGAUAUUUGUAUUUGGAAUCAUGAAUCGGGUGUGUUUGACUUAGAGGAUGGUAGUAUUUGGCCGUUUCCUUCAAGCAUUCCUUCAAGCAUUGAAGGCAUUUACCACCCGACUGGGCAUAAGCCAAUAUGGGCUGCGAAUUAUAACCAUCAUCCAGGCUACAAAUGCAACAACAAGAAAGAGCAGAACUUGCAGUCCAAUGAAUCGACAUAUGCCAUGGCAAAGGCGAUGGGGGAGAAGAGGUUAGAUGGAAAGAAAAAGGGUAAGAGAUGGACCGAACUUCCCACUGAAAUCCUUGUUACUAUUCUAAUGCGUCUAUUUCUGGUUGAUUGUAUUCGUGCCGGGGCAGUCUGCAUCUCGUGGCGAAGAGCCUUGUCGGAGAUAGUGGCCCGAAAACUCCACCCUCCGUCGCAUCAACUACCAUGGCUGAUCGUCUCACGAAAAAACGAAAUCCAUAGAGUCUUGAAUCUAUCAGACAACAAGGUCUUCAGGUUAGAUCUUUCCCAGGCCUGCGGUGCAAUCUGUUUAGGAUCUUUUAAUGGAUGGCUGAUAUUGAAGGACAAGUGGCCUAAUGGGUGUUUUCUCUUGAAUGUUAUCUCCAAAGAAUGUAUCCGCCUACCCCUUCAGGCUAAUAUUUGGAACUCGGCCGGGAAUCGCUAUGUGAAAAAUUUUUGGGAGCAAGGUCUAGGAAUAGAUGCUAAGGCCACAUUAUCAUCUGACCCUAAUUCAGGUGAUUGUACGGUUGUGAUCGAUUGCUCAAGGAAUAGAUUGGCCUUCUGUAAAGUGGGAGAUGCAGCAUGGACAACCUUGGAAGGAGAACCUGAUCAAUAUUGCUACAUAUCUGAUAUCACAGUUUAUAAUGGGCGCCUACAUAUAGCAAGAUCUGACAAUCAAGUCACUAUCUAUGAGGAGUUAGUUCCCCGUCCUAACUCAGCAAAAUGGUCUGAUAUCACAGUCUAUAAUGGGCGACUACAUAUAGCAAGCUAUGGCAAUCAAGUCACUGUCUAUGAGGAGUUAGUUCCCCGUCCUAAGUUGGCAAAAUGGAAGACACUUCCUCCCCCUGAAAUAGAAUCUCUUCACCAUGAUUUUGAUCGUCAUGUCUAUCUGGUGGAAUCAUGUGGGGAUUUGUUAAUGGUUGUAAGGAUAUAUGAUGAACAUGGCCGUCACAGUACAGCAUUCCGCAUUUUUAAGAUGAACACAAGUGGUUCCUGUUGGAUUAAGGUAGAAAGCUUGGGUGAUCAAAUGCUUUUCUUGGCCUACUCCAACUCCAAGUCUGUUUCGGCUAAAGGAUUGCCGGGCUUCAAAGGUAAUUGUAUCUAUUUUACAAAAGAUAUUGUUGCGACAGACAAUGAUUCGGGUGUGUUUGACCUAGAGGAUGGUAGUAUCAAGCCGUUUACUUCAAGCAUUUCCUCCCUAAUUCCAUAUCUGCCAAUUUGGGUAACACCAUAUCCGAUGUAACAAUUUUUAUUUAUUUAUUUACUUUCUCUUUAAUAAUAGUUGUUUUUGCACUCAUGUAAUUUAUUUUAAAUCCUUUAAUGAUAGUUGUUUUUGCACUCA